UGCCCGGCCCGCGGGGCCAGCCAUGUCGGCAGCGCAUGCCGCAGACGGCGAAGAGCCCACGUUCGCGGGGCAGCAGGGCGUGGCAUGGGGCGAUCCGCACCUGCUCUGGAACUCGACAUCCGAGUCGGCGUCCGCCUCCGGAGCCUCCUCGGGCGACUCGGCGUCCGCCACCUCCGAGGAGGGCUACCUGCCGGGCACACGGCAGUGCGUGGUGCCGGGCGACGACGUGCUCCUUCACAAGGAGUUCCACAGCGACGACUCCGAGGAGGACGGCGCCGAGGGGGCGGCCGAGGGCGACGACGCGGCGGCUCCACAGGGCAGCACCAACCGCAGCACCAAGCGCCGGCAGCAGCGAGCGCGGCUGAAGCAGAAGCUGCGGGACGAGGCGCUCGCGCGCGAGCAGGACACGCCAGGGGAGCAGGCCGGCGAGGCCGCCACGACCUCGUCGUCGGCUGGCCCCGCCGCCAGCAGCGGGCAAGCCGCCCCCGCGAAAAAUUCGAAGUUGUCGCUUUGA